AGACCUGAAAGUGGCACAUGGCAGAGUGUGGCGAUGGAGACAGCAGCAAUGGGAGGCCGUACAGCACCCUAUGUCAAAAAAUUGAACACACCAGCAGUGUGUGAGGAGACCUGAAAGUGGCACAUGGCAGAGUGUGGCGAUGGAGACAGCAGCAAUGGGAGGCCGUACAGGGACCCAUGACAGACUCUGGACCUGGCAGCAGCAUGAGGAGGCGGUAUAUAGGGGCCUAUGGCAGAUUAGGGGCCUGGCAGCAGCUAUGGGAGGCCCUUAAUCUGCCAGCACCCUAUGUCAAAAAAUUCUACACACCAGCAGUGUGUGAGGAGACCUGAAAGUGGCACAU